AUGGUCUGUGUUCCACAGGAGAUAUCAGACUCACCCGUACCCAGCUGUGUGUCCAUGAGGAGUGAUGACUCUAAAGGCAUGCUGCCACCUGACCUCAGAGAGGGAAAUAUUCCUGAUGGAGAAAGUCUUCCACAAGAGAGAUCAGACUCACCUGUACCCAGCCAUGUGUCCAUGAAGAGUGAUAACUCUAAAGGCCUGCCACCUGACCUCAGAGAGGGAAAUAUUCCUGAUGGAGAAAGUACUCAAGAAAAGGAGACACAGUCGAAGAUUCAGUCUGUCCAGAAUCAACUGCAAGACUUGGUCUCCAUAUUUAAGCUCCUCGAAAGCAAAAUCACCACCUUUGUGAAGAAUGAACUGAAAAGACUGAAGAACCUUCUGACUGGGGAAAUGUUAGAAUGUUUUGAGGGUCUGAAGGAGGAUGAGACCAGUGCCAGAGAGGGAGUUCUGAAGAUCACACUGAACUUCCUGAGGAACAUGAACCACGAUGACCUCGCUGACACGCUGGAGAAAAAUGACCGGGUUGUAACUCUUCAUAGUGAAUUAAAAUCAAAUCUUAAGAGGAAGUAUCAGUGUUUGUUUGAAGGAACAGCAAAACAAGGAAACCCCACCCUCCUCAAUAAGAUCUACACAGAGCUCUACAUCACAGAGGGUGGAAGUGGAGUGGUCAAUAAUGAACAUGAGGUGAGACAGAUUGAGACAGCAUCCAGAAAAACAGAAGUACCAGAGACACCAAUACAAUGUAAUGACAUCUUUAAACCCUUACCUGGACAAGACAAACCCAUCAGAACUGAGCUGACAAAGGGAGUCGCUGGCAUUGGAAAAACAGUCUCUGUGCAGAAGUUCAUUCUGGACUGGGCUGAAGGAAAAGCCAAUCAAGAUAUCAAGUUUAUAUUUCCUAUUCCUUUUAGGGAGCUGAAUUUGAAGGAGGGAAAACACAGUUUGCUGGACAUUCUCCAUCAGUUUUUCCCAGAGACAAAGGGACUCACACUGACCAAAAAUGACAAAUAUAAAGUCAUGUUUAUCUUUGAUGGUCUGGAUGAAUUUCGAUUUCAUCUGAACUUCCGGAAAAAUGAGAUUUUGCGUAAUACAACAGAGCCAAACUCAGUGAAUGUUCUGCUAACAAACCUCAUCAAAGGGAAUCUAUUUCCCUCAGCUCUACUCUGGAUAACGUCACGACCAGCAGCGGCCAAUCAGAUCCCUCCUGAGUGUGUUGACCAGGUGACAGAGGUACGAGGGUUUAAUGACCAACAGAAGGAGGAAUACUUCAGGAAGAGAAUCAGUGAUCAGAACCUGUCAAGCAGAGUCAUCAAACACAUCAAGUCAUCAAGGAGCCUCUACAUCAUGUGUCACAUUCCAGUCUUCUGUUGGAUUUCAGCCACUGUUCUAGAGAGAAUGUUGAGUAACGGAGAGAGUAGAGAGAUCCCAAAGAGUCUGACUCAAAUGUACACACACUUCCUGAUCUUUCAGACCAAACAGAAGAAUCAGAAAUAUGAUGGACACUAUGAGAUAGACCCACACUGGAAUAAAAAGAGCAUUAUGUUACUGGGAAAACUGGCUUUUCAACAGCUGGAAAAAGGUAAUCUGAUCUUCUAUAAGGAAGACCUAGAAGAGUGUGGCAUUGAUGUCAGAGAGGCAUCAGUGUACUCAGGAGUGUGCACCCAGAUCUUUAAAGAGGAGUCAGGGCUAUUUUAUGGCACUGUGUACAGCUUUGUUCAUCUGAGCAUUCAAGAGUUUCUGGCAGCUUUAUAUGCAUACAUGUCUCUCAGCAACAGCAACAUCAAUGUUCUAGUCCAAGAGCAAGCAACGCUGGAUAAAUCAAAUAAAACAGUGACCGGUUUGUUCAAGUGUGCAGUGGACAAGGCCUUAAAGAGUGAGAACGGACAUCUAGACCUGUUUCUUCGCUUCCUUCUGGGUCUUUCAUUGGAAACCAAUCAGACUCUCUUACGAGGUCUACUGACACAGACAGGAAGUGGUGCACAGAGCAAAGAGGAAACAGUCAAGUAUAUUAAGAGCAAAUUUGGGGUGAAUCCCUCUCCAGAGAGAUCCAUCAAUCUGUUCUACUGUCUGAAUGAACUGAAUGACCAUUCUCUAGUGGAGGAGAUCCAAAGCUACCUGAACACAGGAAGUCUCUCCAGAGCUAAACUCUCUCCCGCUCAGUGGUCAGCUCUGGUCUUUGUGUUACUGACAUCAGAGGAGGAGCUGGAUGUGUUUGACCUGAAGAAGUUCAUCAGAUCAGAUGAGUGUCUUCUGCAGCUGCUGCCAGUGAUCAAAACCUCCAGAAACAGCUCUGUGAGUAACGACUGUUUAUCCACACUGAUGAGAAGCAUGCUUAAUAAUUGUAAUCUAACAGGGAAGAGCUGUUCAGCUCUAGUCAAAGUUCUCAGCUCAAACUCUUCCAGUCUGAGAGAACUGGACCUGAGUAACAAUGAUCUGCAGGACUCAGGAGUGAAGCUUCUCUCUGCUGGUUUGGAGAACCCAGACUGUAAACUGGAGACACUGAGAAUUGCAGGCUGUAAUUCAACAGAAGAAGGAAAUGCUGCUCUGGCUUUAGCUCUGAAAUCAAACCCCUCACUCCUAAGAGAGCUGGAUCUGAGUGAGAAUAAACUUGGAAACUCAGGAGCGAAGCUGCUCUCUCAUCUGCUGGAGAGCCCAGGAUGCAAAAUGGAGAAAUUGGAACUGUGUAAGUGCAGUAUAACAGAAGGCGGCUGCAUGGAUCUGGCUUCAGCUCUGAGGUCAAAUCCCUCACAACUGAGAGAACUGAAUCUGAGUGGGAAUAAACCAGGAGACUCAGGAGUGAAGAUGCUCUCUGCACUACUGGAGAAUCCCCAUUUUAAGCUGGUGAAACUAAGUCUUUCAGACUGCAGUAUAACAGAGCAAGGCUGUAUUGCUCUGGCUUCAGCGCUGAGAUCAAAUCCCUCACACCUGAGAGACCUGGAUCUCAGAGGGAAUGAACCAGGAGACUCAGGAGUGAAAUUCCUUUCAGCCCUACUGGAGAAUCCACACUGUAAAUUGGAGAAACUGGGUCUGUGCAGGUGCAGCAUAAAGCAGGGAAACUGUGUUGUUUUGGUUUCAGCUUUGAGGUCAUAUCCCUCAUACUUGAAAGACCUAAAUCUUAGUGAGAAUAAACUGGGAGACUCAGGAGUGAAGUUUCUCUCUGCUCUACUUGAGGACACGCAUUGUAAAUUGGAGAAGUUGAAUCUGUUUCAGUGCAGCAUAACACAGGAAGGCUUUGCUGCUCUGGCUUCAGCACUGAGUUCAAACCCCUCACACCUGAUAGAACUGAACCUGGGUGAGAAUAAACCUGGAUACUCUGGGGUGAAGCUGAUCUGUGGUCUACUCCAGAAUCAGUACUGCAAAUUGGAGAAACUGGAACUUGCAGACUGUAGUAUAACGGAGGAAGGAUAUGCUGCUCUGGCAUCAGCUCUGAGAUCGAACCCCUCACACCUGAGAGAGCUGGAUCUCAGAGGGAAUGAUCCUGGAGACUCAGGAGUGAGGCUGCUCUGUGAUUUACAAGAGGAUCCGCACUACAAACUGGACACACUGAGGCUGUUGAAGAAUCCUCUGGCAGAGGAGGCCUGUGUUGCUCUGACCUCAGCUCUAGGUAAACACCCCUUACUGCUGAGAGAGCUGGAUCUGAGUGAGGAUAAACCAUACAACUUAGGAGUGAAGCAGCUCACUGCUCUACUGAAAGAUCCACUCUGCAGAACACAGAAACUGGAGUGA